UCUUGUGAGAGUUUGAGGAGUUGGUAUUCAAAAUAUUUCAAACAUAACCUUUCUUUCGGAAUUGUUUUUAAAUGAAUUAAGGAUAAUUCAGUUGAAUUGUUUGUGCCUUUCAUACGUUUGCCAAUUGCGACAGAAGACUGAAAUAAUAAAAUUAAGUUUCUUGGAUCGUUUUGCAAGUUUGAAUACCCGAUACACCAUCCAAAAUGCCUUAUAACCACAUGAUCUGUUCUGUCCUCGGAUGUAAGAAAGAUCCCGAAGCGUCCUUGUUUAGGCCGCCUGGCCCUAGAAAAUCUUGGGAUUUGUAUUGCGCCUGGAUAAAAGCGACAGGGAACCCCAAAUUUCUAAAUCUUUCAACAGUAAGACCAGAGAAAAUAUCCAUUUGCGAGAAGCAUUUUAAAGAUGAGGAAGUUAGUUUGAUGAAAUCUAGAAGGAAAACUUGUGUACCUACACUACGACUUCCAGAUAUCUAGCCACUGGUAACAGUUUCAAUUCUUUACACUUUGAAUAACUAGGAGCUACUACAGUCAGAGAAAUUGUUAAAGACAUCUGUGGACAAAUUUUGAAUUUGGGUACAACCAGAGUUUAUGCCAGACGUAUGCGAAGACAGUUGGUUGAAUAUUGCCACACAGUUUUAUGAUAGAACUGAUUUUCCAAAUUGUAUUGGAGCUGUGGACGGGAAGCACAUAUGAUUAAAGAAACCUGACCGGCACAGAGUUUUACAACUAUAAAAAUUAUUGCUCGACAAUUCUUCUGGGUGUAGUUGACGCCGACUAUUGUUUCAUUGCGAUAGACGUGGGAGUAUAUGGUGC